UUAAUUACAGGUGAGUCUUUCCUGCAGGGAGGAGGGGGAAAUCCCAGUUAUAGGAGCUGUUGAGAGGAGGAGCUGGUUCCAACAACUCUUUUCAGCUCCACAUUCUCAUGUUUUACCCAGUUGCCUCUCUGUGCAGCGGUGGGAUCGAGUAAGACAGCCCUUCAGGUGGGGAGCAAGUGGAAGUGGAGCUACCUUUUGGUUUUGUGUCGCAGCAUUAAUAGUACAGCCUGUAAACAUGUUGGAUCAUGGAGGAAAUAACCUGAGGGCUGGCCAGGUGUUGCCAGCCAACUUCAACUUCAGCAUCAACCCCAACAGCCAAGGAUGGAUGACAUUUGAUGCCAAACAACAGGUAUCCAGCCAACCUUUGCAUAAGACAUCCACAGUGAAAGAACUGCUGAUGAGGAGGCGCCAGUGGAAUCCAGAGCCGAGCUGUGUUUCAGAGCCAACGGCAAAGUCUCCAAAAUAUGAAUCAGUCAGCCCAGACCUGGGCUCCCAAACAGUAACCUCUCACACACCAGUAAACCUGAUUCCUCCAUCAAACUUCAUUCCUGCUCUCCCAGAAAGCGCAGUCAUGGCGCCGCAGGAAACACAGCAGCUUCCUGCAGAACAGGAGCUCCCAGCCCCCGAAGGCAAAAUGACUCUGUUCCACUGGCAAAUACAGCAAGAGUCCAAGAAAGUUGAAGGCCUGCCGGCAUCGCUGCUGUGCACGCAGGAUUCUGAUGGUGACACAUAUCUUCAUGUUGCUGUGGCUCAAGGCAAGCGAGCUCUCUCAUAUGUGCUUGCUGCAAAAAUGGCCAGAUAUGGCUCCCUAGAUAUAAAAGAACGCAACGAACAGACACCUUUCCAGAUUGCAGUGGCCACCAAUCAACACUUGAUCGUCUCUGAUCUUCUGACUCAUGGAGCAAAUCUCAACAUCAGGGACCUGUGGGGACGCUCUCCUCUGCAUGUCUGCGCUGAGAAAGGACACUCCCUCAGUCUUCAGAGCAUCUGCAGCGCAGUGACCGGGAACAGCCAAUCCGUGGAGGUUGAAAUGUUUAACUAUGAUGGUUUGACUCCUCUCCAUGUGGCGGUUUUGUCUCAUAACGCCGUCGUCAGGGAGCUCAGGGAAAUGGACAACCCUUGUAAAUACAUGAUCUCUAAACUGGCGCACAGGAAGCGCAGCUAUGUGGAGUGCAUCAGGAUUCUGAUGUUCAUGGGCGCCUCGUACGGGACAAAGGAACUGAAAAGUGGCCGAACCUGCAUCCACAUGGCCUCAGAGGAGGCAAAUACUGAGCUGCUGAACCUUUUCCUUCAACACCCGACAUCCCUGGCCUUGGUUAAUGUCAAGACAUUCAGUGGAAACACUGCCCUGCACAUCGUCAGCUCUUUACAAAACAACAAAAAUCAGGUGGAGGCUGUGAAGCUGCUAAUGAGGAAAGGUGGCGAUCCGGGGGCAAGGAAUUUUGAAAAUGAGCUGCCAUGCCAGCUGGUGGCAGAAGGACCUGUUGGUGAAAAGGUACGGCAGAUCUUGAAGGGGAAACAGAUUCAGGUCUAAAAAACAAACUCCAGAACACUGUCAGUCAGACAGUCCGGUUAAUAUUAGAUAUUUGCCCAAAUAUGGCAGAUGAUCGUUGUUUCAGUGAAACAUUGAGAUGUGUUCGUUACCAUGUAAUGUUACCAUUUUUUUUUUUUUUUUCAUUUUUUUUGUUUGAAAAUUUUGGGGUCUGGAAUAUAAAGUGGGAUAUUUUAAGUUAAUCUCUUAUUGUCUAAAACUUAAUUAAGGACUAGAAGCAUCCGGGAAAAAAAAACAACUUGCAUUCAGAUCAGUUAUCUUUACAGGAAAGAACAGAAAACAUUUUUGUUGGGAUUCUGAUCUCAUGCUUAGCGCGAAGAUAAAGUCCCACAUAUUUAAAUACCUUUCUGCUUCAGAGUCCACUUUUUAUUCCAAAUGACUUUUAUAUUUGAAAAGAUUAACUUGGUGCUUCUACUGUAACUAUGCAUCACCUUCUGUUCCACUUAUUUCUCAUUUUUUUCAUCCAUUAAAUAAAUUCCUGUUCAGCCACUAUCAGAUAUUAUGUUUUUUGAGCAUUUGUUUAGGUUAAGGCAACUAAAUUAACUCACUUCUUGAAAUAGACCCUUUACCUAAUAUUGUUUAAAAUGUUGAGAUUUGCUGUGAUUAAUUAUUUACAGGUUUGUGGUAUUGGUGGUAGAAUCAUAUAUUUUUUUUGAGCAGUGUAUGCUUUUGUUUUUUAAGACUAAAAAUAACCGAUUUCAGUUUUCACAAACUAAAACCAGGUUUUAUUUUGUUUCGAGGAAAUCGCUGAAUAUAUUUUAAUUAUGUUGUGAAGUUAAGGUGUUUUUUCUGUGACUGUUGUUGAAUCAAAGUUAAGAAAUAAAGUCCCUUUGUUGUUUCAA